AUGGAAGCAGUGGCGGAGAGAGCGUGCAAAAGCCAAGGUCCAUGCCAUCGUCCGCGUAUGAACUUGUACUGUGCGGAAUGGCGUGCAUUUGGGAACUUUUUUCAUGCGCUGAGCACCCUCAAGGAGGACAAGCGUCAAAGGCUCGUACCAGCAUACGGAGCAGGGCGCUGGGCGUCGAAAACAGGGUGCACUCCAGCCUCACCGACACGCGCGUACAAGGAGUGCGCAAGGCGUUUUGUCACAUUCCCGAUAGACGAGUUCCGGACGUCCUGCAUAGACCACGAGCUGGGGUGUACACUUCAGACGCUCGAGAUGGAAAAUUGCCAGAUCAGUCCUGACGAUAUAAAAAAGUGCGGAGUCUUGACAGAAGAGCAAAUGGGAAGCAGGACGAAAGUUCGAGCACUACAUGCGCUGGUGAGCACAACCAACGGCGGCAAGAAACGUAUGGAAUUCGUCAACCGAGACUUCAACGCUGCUGUCAAUGUCAGGAGAUGUGCGGUGCUGGAGAAAAGACCUCCAGAGUGGACAAGAGAGAACUUUGUUGGACAAUCGCUCAAAGUGGAAUUAUAUGAGAAAAAGUUGGAAUCAGGAGUAGGUGGCCGGUCCGAAAAGACCGGAAGGCGUCUGCACGACAGUCGAAGACCUCUGGUCGAAGGCACGUUCACCGCCACUACGAUACACGUCCGACGUCGUUCGACUUUAGAACGGCGUUUGAUAGCGAGCCUCAUGACGCAGUUAAACUUUGUUCCAUGCGUGAGACUGCCGUCUCAGAAGUGCACUCGAUACCGAGCUUGUCGAUGGAUUCACGCUUCGGCGACGACUCCAGUGACGCGAAACCCCGAGGGCAAACUGCCGGCUCUGAUAGUACAAGGGAUUUUAGCUUUCCCGCCCACUGCUUGGUUACUGAAGCGAAUUGGCCGUGCAGGUGUCGUCAAGAGAGCGGAGGAGAUCGGCGUGCCCUGGCGAGAGAACGUUCGUGAGCUGCGGCUCAAGUGGGACACCCUCGAACAGAAACGAGCGCGACUUGUCGAACGCGACCUCGUAUAUCCAGACUACUACGUACGUGCACCGUUCCAUACGUAUCCGGAAGGGAACCUUGGCUGGAUUCCUGCCAUGGAAGUCGAGUCGUCGGCUCUGGCGGUCCAUGCACGCCUUUUCCCGGAAGCACCGCCCACGCAAGGUGACCGCCUGCUACGCGACACCUUCCUGGACCGAGUCUGGCCUCGUCUGGAACAGCUGCUCGUGCCCAUGGGACGUCCACUGGUAGCACUCGACCUGGGUGCGUCGACUGGACUCAGCACGAUGCGCUUCAUCGAUGCAUGGCUAGCACGGUAUCCGGAACGCCCGCUCGACAUAACAGGAAUCGAUUUAUCGACGUUCAUGCUUGCGGUUGCCGAGUUACGUGCAGAGGAGCGCAGCUACCCGUCAUCGAUUCAGGUGCGUUUUAAGCACGCCGCGGUCGAGAACCUCCCUCAGAAAGCGGAUUCGGUGGACCUCGUGUUAUGUUCCCUGGUGACACAUGAGCUGCCCAUGGCAGCGACCGAGCGUCUCGUGGUAGAGGCGUAUCGAGUGCUUCGCCCCGGAGGCAUGUUGGCGAUGAUGGAUUCUGAUCCGCACAGCGAAGCGUUCCGUUCGAUACCCCCGGUCGGAGCAGCCAUAUUCCGCAGCACUGAACCGUAUUUUUCUGAGUAUGAACGCGUCGAUAUGGUCAGUUUACUGACAAUCAGUGGAUUCACUGACGUGCAGACCGAAAACAAUACGCCGCGGCAUCGGGUGUGGCUUGCGACGAAACCCUUGAACUAG